CCACACCCUGUACUCAAGUUAUGAUGCAGUUCAUGGUAACAUACUGUUGCCCCAUAUUACCAGUGCAGCUCCAACACAGUGGCUUUAUUUGAGCUCAGAGGUCCUUGAGGAAGAAACACCAGCUGUAACGGACUCCCUGUCAGCGGAAGGAGAAUGAUGGCAGAGUGCGGGGCCGAAAGCGAGCAACCUCAGAGGCGUCUUGGUGACAAGAAGCAUAAAAACGGAGAACUCACAGACUCAGAUCUUCCAGAAGAGGAGAAGAAGCAGAGAGACAGGGAAGACCAUGAAAGCCUGGUGUUAUGGAAGAGGCCUUUGCUCACACUUUACUACUUCUCCCUGGAGCUGUUCAUCACUCUUAAAGGAUGGAUGUGGAGGCUUUGGCAUCAAAGACAGACAGUGUUUGGACUUGUGAUGCUGCUUAUCCUUCUCUCUAUUGCUUACCAUAUUGAGGGACCACAUCAGAAGUACGUGCGCUACAUGGAGAAGAAGACGCUGUGGUGCGCCUAUUGGGUCGGCCUGGGUAUCCUCUCCUCUGUGGGUCUUGGCACCGGCUUGCACACCUUCCUGCUCUACCUGGGACCUCACAUCGCAGCGGUGACCCUGGCAGCCUAUGAAUGUGGUUCGGUGGAAUUCCCUGAACCUCCCUAUCCGGACCAAAUUGUCUGUCCCCAACAGGAAGUACUGACAUCCGGCCCUGGUGCCGAGCAGGUGGAUGCGGGGGCAGACGGGAUGGUGGGCCUCCAGGGAAGCAUCUCCCUCUGGACCAUCAUCUCAAAAGUUCGUCUGGAAGCUUGUAUGUGGGGCGCCGGUACCGCUAUAGGGGAGCUCCCUCCUUACUUCAUGGCGCGGGCUGCCCGCCUGUCCGGCGCUGAUCCAGAUGAUGAAGAUUACCAGAAGUUUGAGGAAAUGCUGGACCAGACCGAGUCCGCACAGGAUUUUGGAUCCCGAGCGAAAGUAGCCGUCCAGAAGCUCAUCCAGAAGGUCGGCUUCUUUGGGAUCUUAGCCUGCGCCUCUAUUCCGAACCCGUUGUUCGACCUGGCCGGAUUAACGUGCGGGCAUUUUUUGGUCCCCUUCUGGACGUUUUUUGGUGCGACGCUGAUUGGAAAGGCUGUGAUCAAAAUGCACAUUCAGAAACUGUUUGUGAUCAUCACCUUCAGCAAGCACAUUGUGGAGCAGAUGGUCUCUCUCAUUGGGCUUCGUCAGCCCGCAAGUUGAUGACAUAAAGCAGGAAAGACUCAAACUCAUCCAGCGCAUGCAGGACUGGAUCAGGGAGCUUUCCGGUGCUUGGCAUGCCGCCUCAGUCCUCUCGUUUGAUCUGGAGCGAGACGCUGCGUCGAGGCUGAGCUGCUCGCUCGUAUGUUUGUGCCGGUUUUUCCAGCCUUCACUUUGAGGAAAGCUGCAGCGGUGAGGGCCGUCGGACGGAAGUGUUUGAGAUUCAGACUUGUUUACAUCAGCUCACUAACUGUUGGAGGAUACGGCUUAAAAAUAAAAUAACGUUUUUUGGGUAUUUCUCUUUUAUAACACAGCUGAUUUAAAUCAACGUUUUUCUUGCUUUCUUUUCUAAAAUGGAAAUUUAGACAGAAAAUAUUUUCAAAAAGUGGCUUUUAUUUCCAUCACCUUUCUUUGAGUUGCACGGCGAAGUGUUACGAGAAUGUUUAUUUGGUUAUGAGAAUACAGUUGAAUAUUAGCAGAUUAAAGAUGCAAUUUUACCAGAAAAGACAUCUUAAGAGUUACAAGAAAACAUUUGUUUUAAUGAGAAAAAAGCUUCGAGAGACUUAUCUGACGUGACCAGCUCAGUUCUUUGCGCAAACAUUUCUGAGUCUUUUUACUGAUGAUUUGUUUCCGAUGUGUAAAAAGAUGAAAUUUUUCUAUAACGGGUAAGUAUUGUCUAGAAAGUAUAACUUCAUGAGAUUUUCAACAUUCCACACUUGAAUUUAAAAAUAGGACUUUAUUCACGUAGUGAGAAAACAAUACAAAACAAUCUUAGUCUGGCCCUACUUCUUGGUCGCAGAGCUGACCUUAAUUCAAAGUCCAAAUAAACAGUUACGCACAGUUGUCAAACAACAUGGCCGCCGUGGGCGUUGUGACAUCACUCGGAACUAUGAAAACCCAAGAAGUGCCAAAAUCAGGAUUUGUUUUGGAGAAUCACAACUUUCCAAUAAUUAAAUUGUCAAAAUCCAAACAUUUUGAUUCAUCGAUAAAAUCAGGGACUGAUGCGAGUUCCUACAAAUGUCACAGAGAGGGAAAAAAAACGAACUGAAAUCGUAUAACUAAUCACAGCAAUGGUUUCAUCUUCACAGUGACCCUCGCUUUAAAUCCAUCUAAUUGAUUGAGUCGGCCCAUCUCCACAUGUUGCAUGGCGUCUCUCUGUCAUGCUCUGGUGGUGAAAGCAGACAGGGAGAAUCCAAACCUCAAAAGCUUAACCAGCACAGACUGAUGUGUUGAGCCAGGAUGGUCCUAUUGCCAUGUGAGUGUGUCUCCAAGGCAGGAGUCCGUUACCGGCGCACUGGGCCGCUGCUCCUGCAGCACGAGGGAGGCCGUCCGCUUCAGGGGGUCCCAGCGGGUCGCUCUCGUUACUGGGGCGUGAGGAGGUGCGCUGGUGUGAACUGCCAUGCCAGAGGUGGGUACCAGUGAUGAGCUGCGAAUCUUUGCACGGCAGUUCCAAGUCGAGGCCAAAUCCACGUCUUUAAUUAUAAGUUUAGACAAGUUAAAACAAGUCGUCUUUUCUGCCUUUUGGAUCCCAAAAGAGCUGCUUUGAGUUUCCAUCGUCUUCAUUCAGCACCAAAAAAAAAACACCAUUUACCUGGAACAUUGUUUUGUUUUAUUAAAGCAAUCUAUAACAGAAUUCUAAGACUUUUUUUUCUCCUCCAAGAAGUAACAGCUCAAUGCUUUAGUGAAGUAGUUUUUAAUGCAAAUGUUGCUUUUCUAUUACUUCUUUAGUUUCUUUGUUAGAAAUCUGUCAGAAUUAAAAAAUAAAUCAAGGAAAUCUGUAUGUACAUCAUGUUUCACACACUGUCACAACUGUGCAAAUUAAAAUCUAUAAAAAUGCAAAGUUAAAACAUUUAUGCAUUGACAAAAACAUCCACACAAAAACUUUAAUCUUUCGGAGACGUUUAGUUCCUAUCACCUUCAGUGUAACAAGAGCUUUAAAAGUGAGUAAUCUUACAACCUGAGGCCUAAACGCGUAGAAACUCACUAAAUUUUAAAACAUCUUUCUAUUACUUAAUUAAUCUAAAAGUUUGAUUUUCCUACAUUUACAGUUAAAUACAAUUGAUAUCCAUGUCACAUUUAUAAUAAAAAACACUUUCAAGAAAUUGCACCAACAGAAACAGAUUAUUUUCCUUCUUAUUCUCAUUACUGACUUCGCAAACCUUCUGAAUAUUCAAUUUCUAAAUGCGUGCAAAUAAAAGGACUUCAUUUUUCUGUUACCACCGACAGAUUUAGAUCCAGCAUAAUCCUUUAAUUUUACAAACACGUUUCUUCUGAUUGGAAGGAAUAAUAACUAUUUUGAGUGACCCAGACAGAUUUCUGACUUGAAUCUGGUGGAGAUCCUGUGGAGGGAUGUGAAGAUCCCCUAGGAGGCCAGAAAUUUGGAUAAUUUAGAUUUCAAAUUAUCAACCCAGAGGUGGGUGAAAAAAGGACAAAUCUAUUUACAUUUAGAAAGAACUGAGUGAAAAUAGUUUUGAAAAGAAAAAAGAAAGAUUUAUCCAUGUGAAUUUACACAUUAUUUAAAAACAACAUGUGGAAAAAAUAUCUAUACACUUUAAGCAAGAUUGUGGAAGAAAAAUGUUACUUGGUGUUACAACAAUCAAACCUUCAGCUUUUUUUCUUCCACUUCUAUUUUGGUGAUAUGUCUCUGAUGUUGGAAAGCCUCCUUUCCAUCACCCUAAUCUUAACUACCUCCACAGAUUCUCCAUUAGUUUCCAACAGAGUCACUCAAAAAUGUUUCUUCCAAUUUGAAGAAAUAUUUUGCUAGUUCAAUGAUUUCUUUCAACCUAAAUCUGAGGGAGAUGUCAGUUUAUAAAAUGCUAAAAAUUUAAGCAAGUGGAAAAUUAAUGUAUAACAAAAAUAAGUCAAAUGAAGCUCUUUUAUUUGUAUGCAUUUAGCAAUAUAAUAUUCAGAGUGUUUCUGAUGUAUAAUGAGCUGUAAAGGAAUAAAAGAUCUCAUUUUAAUCAUCAGUACAGAAGAAAUUAGGUCCGUUUCAGUUCACACUAUUUAUUUAGAGUGUUUUAAAUAGAGUUUCCAUGUAACACGGCGUGAAAAUUAGAUUUAAUACCCGUAUAUAUUAUUACAGAGUUUGUCUUGUUUAAAAUGUUUAGCAUUAUCUAUGCAGCUUAACGUCUCUAAAACAGGCUGGACAAAUAUUCAAUCAGGCGGCCCAAAUGCUGAUCUAAAAGUUUUAUCUGUUCAUUCAGAGGAAAAUGUAGCAGACAGACAAUCUGUCUGACUUUAUAGAGUGAAUUCAGGGAAUACUUCACCUAGCUUUCAGUAAUCCCAUUGGUUAAACCACCUCUGCUUUUGAAAUCAUUGAAAAACUUUUAGAACCUGCCUAAUUUGUUACUAAAGUCAAUGUUUACGGUUCAUAACCAAAGCAUGACACCAUGACGCACAUUUACACCUGUGGACUGUACUGAACACUUUAGCUGAAACGCAAAUCGGAUUAAACGAUUGUUGAAAUAAUCGCCAACUAAUUUAGUAAUCAAUUAAUUGUUAACUGGGUUAUACAGACUAUGAAGAAGGCCAUUUGCUGAAGGAAUAAUAUACUCAAAGCGGUAAUCAGGCCAAAACUAUACACAAUACUUUUAAGAUAAAAAGGUUAAAUAUGUUUUACCCAGAACUCAAGUGGCAGUUUUGGCUUCACCUGAUUUGAUUUCUGUUAAAGAAAUUCUCCUAUUAUUAAUCCCCAGUUGGUUAUUAAUACAAAAAUGAAUCAACAGAUUAUUCCUGCACUGUUGAUGUUUAGUCAAACAGAAAGGCUCAGCUUUCCACAGAUGCAUCCUUUGCUACAAAUGAUCAAGCACACUAAAGAAACGCGACGUCGCGGCAUGUUGGGCAAUAAAAUGUGCAUUUUAUUAUCUAUAAAAGGAAUUAAAUUAUUUGUGUAUGAAAAGGGUUAAAUUAAAAAUCUGCAAGGUGUGCCAAUUUCUUAUUCGAUUAAUCAAUAGAGUAAUAACUAAAAUAAUCACUUGAUGCAACCCUUCUGAAUGCAUAGUGGUCCCGGGGGGGGGGGAUUUUAAUAGUAAGUGUAGAAAAUUACGCAUGAAAAGAAAACAUUCAUCAAUAAUUUGAAUUGCCGUCAUCAAGUCAGACAAUUAUCUCCAACAGCUCACGUAUUUUUCUGUGCCUGAUGCAGACUGACGCAGGAGAAAAAAACCUUUUCUUUCUUUUUUUUUUUUGGGACUUUUUUAACGGUUACAAUGAUUCAUUUUGAACGGAUAACAAAAGCUGAAGUCUCACAUUGUCGUGCAGCUGUUUCAUCCGAUCCUGAGGAACCAAACUAACGUGACGUGCGAUGAUAGUGGGGUACAGUUGCAGAAAGUGUUUGAUAAAAAAAAGUUGUUGUAGGUGAUUUCAGUUAUUUUUCUUAUCUUUGGUGCGGCUUUUGAUCAGCAGUGGGACAUGACCUCGUUCUGGUCUUGUUUUUAGAAGGGACCCUGCUGGGAGUAGGUGUAGACUCUUUGAUUUAGCACUAGAACUGAAUCAUUGCAGUUUUUACAUUAUGUGCAAUUUAAAUGUUGAGGUCAGAGACCAAAGUUCAAGGAAAGUAAUGAGUGGAUCAUUUCAACUUAUUAUUAUUUUUUUUUCUUGUCUUCAAUUAGAAAAUGAUCUGUGCUGCUUAAAGCGAAAACUGCUGAAAUCUAAAUGAAAAGAUCCAUUAAGAUUUGACAAACAGUGUAAGCUCCUACACACACUUUAAGGCUCACUCAUUCUCCUUAUCUUUUUGUUGUUCUGCAAAAGGAUAAGAAUAUUUUUUUUUUAUUUAUCAUGCAAAAAAAUAUUUUUGCAACUGAAAUUGGUAUGUCUAGAGGUUAAACCAGCAGAAAGCAACUUAAAUCUAAAGAGGAGAAUACAGUUUUAAUCACACAAGCUGUAGAAGACGUUUGUGGAUAAUUAUAUCUUCUUUUGAUCUUGCCUCUCAUUUCCUGUUUCCCAUUAUGCUCAUGUAUUAAUGUAUAAGUAGAGAACUGAAAUUGCAGAGGGCCAUGCAAAUCACACUGUUCUGGGUAUUCACACUGGUUCUAUUAUUUGUGUACACGUACUGAACUGGUGGUGUGUGAGGGGAGAAAGAAAACGUCUGUUACAACUUGUUUCCACUGACAUAUUCACCCAUCUUAAACACACACACACACACACACACUCCUAGCUCAUAUAGAAACAAGGUUCGUAUAGUUUCAAAGUGAAUGUGUGACUGUCUUCAAUAGAAGCAACUCAGAAAUCUAAAAAUCACCUACCAUGAAGGGAUUUUUUUUUUUGGCUUUCUCUCCUUCCCCACAUUAACCUGGGGCUAUUAGUCGUCUUAAUCAGUCAGUUUCUUUUAUAGAAUAGAAAAACUUAUAACUGAAAAUUGUGUAUUUGCACUUACACUCCUGUUUUCACGAGUAAAGUCUUCCUGCUCGUUACAUCUGCAGAAAGGGAGAAAUUUUGUCACUAAAAAGCGCCCUGACAAAGAUGGCGUUGAUCAGUCCUUCCACCGCUAACAAAAACCACCGCCAAUAAGAUGAUGGACACCACGGUCGCAGCGUCGGAAGGCCAACAGACUCUGUUACGCCGUCGUUACGUUUAAUGCAGGGAUCAGCAGGGGCGUCCAUUUUCCCGUCAUGUCCACUUCAGCUUCUGAUCAGACGUCUGUCCUGCUAAAUGAAAUUUGCUCAGACCCACAAAUGUUACAUGGCAUUUUGAGAAAACAAAAAAAACACAACAACUUACAAUUGCUUGUAAAUAUUAGGUUUUAAAAUAAUACUUUAUUUUAGUAGAAACUUUAGCAAAAACAAAGCAAAAAAGAAUGUUUGCAUUUUCUUCCGUGGAAUAUUGAUGUUUAUCCAAAAUGAUGUGACAAAAUACUAAAAGAAAGACAUGGCUUCUAAUCUAAUCGCUGAUUUAAAAAGAAGAACAGAAAAAUUUCAAAGUUAUUAAGAGCCAUAGUGGAAAGUUCAAAGAAUCACUGGCGGCUCUGGAGCCGCAGGCUGCAGACCCCUGCCUCAGACCUUUGAGUCUCUGACACAGGGAAGCAGUGGGAGGUUUACCUGCGGGCCGAAAGGUCGAACGGCAGCCAUUAAAGAUGAUAUUGCAUGGGAUAUAUUUCCUGUAAUUAAAACUCAACUGAGUGACAAACUGUUUAUAUCUGCUGCAGGAUAUAUAUUUUUUAUUUAUUUUCUACUUUUUUUUUAAGUGUGCUGAAAAAAUGAAUCACAGGAAGCACAAGAAUCACAAAGGAAUUAGUGAGCAACAUCAGGGACAAGACAUGUUUGUACAAGUGUGUGUAUCACACAAGCAAACAUCUCUGAAGAGAAAUUUUAUUCAAAACAUAAAAGAGGGAAAAAAAAUACAAUUAACAGAUAUUAAGAUUGUGCCUAAUGUCACUAGUGGAACUUGUGCAAGGAGUUUGAUCUUUAUUAAAAGCUUGUUACAGCAAAAAAAAAAAAAAAA